CUUCAAAAACAGUGUAAUAACAGUUCUUCUUUGAACAAAAUUGGUCGGUUAAGACAUUUUCUCUGUUCAGUUACUAAGACACCUUAUCUUGACUCUGAAUUAGUUGGAAGCAUCCCAGAAUGACCAAAUUUAAUCAGGUGUCUGAGGUCACAGAGAUAAAAUGGAAAGAGGUCCUCACAGCUGUUCGCGUGUUUAGUUAGAUGAUACGGGCAGUCUGUGAGUAAAUGGAGAGUAAAUUAACUUAUUCUGUUACAUGUAUGGCAGAUCCCGUGACACAUUGUAUUCCUUCAUCAAAUGGGAACUAACUUUUAUAGCCGUGGUUCAGGUAACUGCAGAUUACGCUUUUUUUGUAAUUUUUUUUUCGACUACCCUAAUCAAGAAAACAAAGACCUAAAUGCCCUCGAUCAGUGCUUUUUGUGACGAAACGUAACAAAGGAAGCACAGCAGAAUGGCGCACGAAGUUUCCCUCACAGAUGUCCAUCUGCAGACGAGCGACACCUUUGACAGAUUUCUACAAAUAGUGCAGGAAAGAACAAAGGAAGAGGCGCAUAUUUUUUUGCUAAGUCUGAUUGAAACAGCUGAAAACGCGAGCGAUUCCAAGAACAAUCCGUUAAAGCAACUGGCAGACGCCCUCGAAGAUGGUAACGUCGUUGAAGUUUGGAAACUCAUUGCCAAGAUCAACGAGGAUGAAAACAACCAGACACUUGAAAAUUUAAACGAGAUCUGCAGAAUCAUUGUCAAGAAGGAGAACAACAAAGAAAAUGAGAGUCAUUUCAAGUGCAUCUGGGAUUGCAAGAAACUGUGCAAAACAAUAAAGAACUCAUUCUGCUAUAUGUUAUGCUGGAUUUCCCAGUGCGAUGAAGGUCUAGACGACCUCGAAGAGGAGGCAGAAAUGAGAAGCGAAAAAGAACGGAGAUGGAUCGAAAUCCUUAGCAAUCCACUGUACAUCAGUCUGGAAUGGCUUUGGAGGAACAAUCCCAAUUCCCAGUACGAUAAAGGAAUAAGACGUAAAGAAAGCAAGUUUGCAGACAUCAUUGAAGCUGCCUUGGAUGACGCCUAUCUUCUGGAGAAAAUCGCCUCGUAUGAGCACUAUUACAGCCGAGAUGAAUACAAGCGUCGAGCUGAGGAAUAUGAGACGUUUGCUGCUGAUAUCGUCGAGCAAGUAGACACUUCAGAUUUAAACCAGCUUCACGAAAUCAUGGACAUCGAAGGAAAUGGUUCUUUACUGAACAAAACGCCCGCAAAUUUUAAUCAGAGUCUUAGUCUCCUCAAGCUGGCUGCUGAUAAACAGCGGAAAAGGUUCGUGGCAAGCCCCAAAUGCCAAUAUAUUCUCAACGAGAUUAUUUAUCGCGGUUGGCUAAAUUGGCAAGAUAAAGGCGUAGGGAGAAAAGCCUCCCGGUUCCUUAUCCAGUUUGUCCUCGUCGCAGUUACUUGCUUCGUUUACAUUCCUGUUCGACUGAUACGAAGAUGCUGUUGUUCUGGUAAAGUUGACGAUAUCUGCUGCUGGAAGUUUAGGAAGUUAUACGAACUUCCCUACUCCAAGUUCAUCAACCACACUAUGUCUUAUGUGCUAUUCCUUUGCCUUGUGUUCGCCUCGUCUUUCCAGGAUAAGUUUGGAACAACUAAAACAGGCCUGGCUUGGAUUGACUAUCCAGUGCUUGCCUUUGUUGUGGGCCUAUUCCUGCAGGAAGCCCUAGAGGCCACUAGACAAGGAUUCUUGAAUUACUUUUCCAAAUGGUGGAACGUUGUAGACACCAUGAUUGUCUUUACGUUCCUCCUGUCUUACACAGUAUGGCUGAGUGCAUGGGGGUAUUACGGGGAGUGGAAGCCCAGAAAAUCUGCAUUUAUCGUGGCGGAUACCAUCUACGCCAGCGCCACGGUGAUGGCCUUUUUCCACUUAGCCCACGUUUUCCAAGUCAAUUCAGUGUUGGGUCCUUUGCAGCUAUCGCUUUACAAAAUGCUGAAAGAUGUGCUGAAGUUUCUUGUCAUUUUUCUGCUCCUCUACAUCGCUUUUGCUACUGGGGUGGCCAAGAUAUACUCGUACUAUGUCGCUUCGCAGAUCAAACUACGAGAAUUGAACGACAGCCACGGCUACAAGGCGUCUCACCCAUAUGGCAAGCACACAAAUACUUUCAUUGGAAUGUUUUGGCUGUUACUUGGUCUGGUGGAGGAAGACAAAAUCGUAGUUGAAGAUCCUGCGUUUAAAUUGUCGUCCACAUUUGGCCGCACUUUUAUGGUAGCUCAUAUGAUCUGCACCGUCAUCGUAGCUUUGAACAUGCUGAUCGCUAUGAUGAAUAACUCAUUUGACAAAAUCAUGGAAAACGCACUUGUAGAGUGGAAAUUCUCGAGAACUCGUAUGUGGCUGGAGUGGAUCGACAAAGGCAACACAGUUCCCGUGCCUUUCAACAUUCUUUACCUUCUUUUGUACUGUCUGUGUCCAAAGAGCUGGCGUAACACGUUUUGCUCUAACGAGAGGCCAAAUGACCCGGAGCAAAGCAGCUUGCAUCUUCAGGUUUUUCCCUACUGCUGUAGCAGCUGUAUUUGUUCUUGUGGUAUCUGCAGGAGCACGUUUGGAUACACUUGUUGCUCGAGGGUGAAACAUUCCAUGAGAGAGGAACGCAUGGAGGAAAUAAGAAAACUGGUUGUGAAAUAUCUCAAAGACCGGUACUCAGCUAGAUGGAAAGAGCUUACCGCGAAAACAGCAGAACAUCGAACGACCAGUGAAAACAUCUAAUAUUUCACAUCGACGAGAACUAAGUUUUAAGGGCUACAUCCUUUAAUCAGCUGUGGUAGACGCACAUAUGGGAGUAUUUUAUUUGCCAGUUUCUCUCAUACCAUAAGACUAUCAAUACACGCAAGCAAAAUCUGGAAAGACUAAAAGUAAAAUUUUGAAGUAAAAUUUAGAAGUUUUAAUGCGAAGAAAUAGGGGUACCAAAGGCAGCCUCAGGCUUAUUUUAAUAUUCCUUUGUUUUGGUUUUGGUUGCUUUUUGCAGAUUUGUCUAUUGCCCAGUCGUAGAAAUCGGCGUACAAUUUUUUCUUUAAGAAAUAAGCGCAAAUUACUGCAAAAAAGUGUAACCAAACUUUCUGAACUGAACACAAGAAAACCUUGAGGGAAAGUUGUUUUGUUACCUCGUAACAGUGACAUUAUAAGAACAGGAAUUAGCCAUGAGAAUCAGACUAUAUAGCCUGAACUUCUGAACUACCAGGCUGAUCUGUUAACUAAACGGUUGAUACAAUACCUGGGAUAGAAUUUACAAACUUAUUGGUUAUCUAGCCGUUAACAGGCUCUGGAAAGUUUAGAGCAUUUUUACAGACCUUUCCAGCAACAGUGAGGCGUAGGCCAAUCAGAAACAAAUAUCUGAGUUUCGAGUCAACCCAGGUAAAAAUGCAUAUAUUUUUUGGUUCAUAGGUUGUCGUUAAAGGUGAAACAUUAGAGCUUUUAAAUACACUGAUUUACAGCCGGGGAAUUUAGCAUGCGAACUGUUAAAGCGUUCAAGGUUUAAGCCGUGGUCAAACGACCCAUGAUAGUUGAUUCUCCCCUCACUAUCAUCAAGUAUCAUAUGCGGGCUCAAACGGGAAAGCUACCAUCGACUAUCAUGAAGAAUUUGAACAAGCUCAAAGUGAAUGAUAGUAUAUGAUUGUUUUUGGUCAAAUGGAAGCGCACGCCACAACUAUCAUCGACUAUCACCAACUAUCAUGCACCGUUUGACCAGGGCUUUAGUCUACAGGAUGGCAUCUCAAAUAAUUAAUGUCGUUUGGACUUUUUUAAAGCACCUGUGUCGCAUAAAAUCUGGUUAAUUACAGUCAAUUGUUUCUCUAGAAAUUAACCUAGUAACGCUCAACCAUAUAAGAACGAGAGGUUACUGUAUUUUGUUUUAUCAAACACGAGAGUCCGUGUUUCAUUAAAUAUCCAGACACCGAGAAGAUCUGCGGAGAUAAUUGAGAUCUGGAACAUUUACUGAUAGCCGGACAAAUAAAAUCCUUCCGAGACGAUGAACCGAUAAAAAGGAACGGUAAAGCCUGUGCCAGACUAGAACGAGUGUCGCCGAUACCUGCAGUUGAGAUUUGUGCUAGAGUUUUCUCAAUUUAACCUCGGCAAGCUUAGACUUUAAAACGAUAAAAACUCUCAUGAACCCGAAAGAAAAACCGUUCAGACAGUUCACAUUUGAUGAGAGCGUACAAGUGUCAGGCAGAGUCGCCGAAACAAUAUCAGAGUUUCAGACUAAGAUCGAGCACUUUUCUCCUUCACAUCGGUUCAAAACUUAAGGCUGCCUUUGCAUAAGCUUCAUUUAUCUUUUAAAUCUGUAAUAAAAGGGAAUAAAUAAUAAAAUAUAUACGAAUCGAA